AUGGCGUUCAGAGGUAAUUCUGACAAAUUAUAUACGCCAAAUAACGGAAAGUUUUUGGGCUUAGUACAAUUACUAGCUAAAUUUGAUCCAGUUAUGCAGGAGCACUUGCGAUUAGCUAUGAAGGGUGAUAUUGCAGACCACUACUGUGUUCAUCGAUGGAAAAUUCUAACCGAUAGCCUGGGAUUAUAUACUCUAAAAAAGCUCAGUGACACACGUUGGGAAGCAAGAAUAAGCAGUGUCAAAGCAGUUCGUUAUCAAAUUAGUGCCAUCCAUGACGCUUUAAUUACUUUGGCAAUUGAAACUCAGAAAACUGAUGUUCAAGUCUCUCAUGAGGCUACUACUCUAGCUGAACAGUUAAAAGAUUUCAGUUUCAUAGUUUCAUUGGUUGUUUGGUAUGACAUACUUUUUCAAAUUAACGUCGUUAGUAAAUCUCUACAAUCACCAGAUAUAGAUCUCAGUAAAUGCACAGAAAUGUUGAAAAAAUGCUGCACUUUCUUGGAAGAAUAUAGAAAUACAGGCUUUAAAAGCGCCAUUUCAACUGCAAAAGAAUUGGCUGAAGAACUGGAAGUUGAACCUGUGUUUAAGGCCACAAAAAGAAUUCGAUUUGUUAAGCGUCAAGCUGAUGAAACUGCCCGCGACGAGCCUAUUGUUUCUCCUGAAAAGAAAUUUGAGGUAGAAUUUUUCAACUCUCUCUUGGACGCUACAUUAAUUUCAGUUAAUGAAAGAUUUGAACAGUUCAAUGAGUACUCGGAUUGCUGGUCUUUUUUGUACAAUAUAAAACAGAUUCCUGAAAAACCCGACCUUGUCAAACUCUGUAGUGAUCUCCAAUUGAAAUUAACUGUGAAUUCUAAAUCAGAUAUAGAUGGUUGUAUGUUGUGUGAUGAACUCAUAAGCCUGAAAUCUUUUUUGCCUGAUCAGAAUGUGGCUACCCCUGCUUAUGUUUUAAAUUUUAUUAAAGAUCGCAACUUACAGGAACUGUAUCCAAAUGUAUGGAUAGCAUUUCGAAUAUUACUGACUAUACCUGUAACGGUUGCUAGUGGAGAAAGAAGUUUUUCCAAGCUAAAGCUGAUUAAAACAUAUCUACGAUCGACAAUCUCUCAAUCUAGAUUAACAAACUUAGCAACUUUAUCAAUCGAAAACGAAAUUGCAGAAAACAUGGACUUCGAAUGUCUAAUAAAAGAGUUCGCCGAUGUAAAGGCUAGAAAAGUGAAAUUUUAUUAGUUUUUUAAAUAAAUGUUUUUUUUUAAAUAGAUAGUUAUUUCAUUGUACACAUUGCCUUUUUUCGUAUGUAAUUGAAUUGCAGUUAGGGGGCGCCGAAGAAUUCUCGC